GUUCGACAUGGUGCAGGUACUGGACUGAGAGAGAUACUUAAAGCUCAUGGUAAAAGUGGUGGUAAAAUGGGAGAUAGCUCUUUAGAAGAGAUGAUUCAGCAACAUCAGGAGUGGCUAGAAGACUUGGUUAUUAGACUUCUCUGUGUGUUUGCAUUAGACAGAUUUGGAGACUUUGUUUCAGAUGAAGUGGUAGCACCGGUACGUGAGACUUGUGCUCAGACUUUGGGAGUAGUAUUGAAACACAUGAAUGAGUCUGGAGUUCAUAAAACUGUAGAUGUUCUCCUGAAGCUGCUUACACAGGAACAAUGGGAAGUGAGACAUGGUGGUCUCCUAGGAAUAAAGUACGCGCUGGCAGUACGCCAGGACAUGAUCAACACUUUAUUGCCUAAAGUGUUGCCUGCAAUAAUUGAAGGUCUCCAGGAUCUGGAUGAUGAUGUCCGAGCUGUUGCUGCAGCAUCUUUAGUACCAGUAGUGGAAAGCCUGGUCCGACUUCAGUCUCAGAAGGUGCCUUUUAUUCUUAAUACCUUGUGGGAUGCGCUUCUGGAGUUGGAUGACUUGACAGCUUCCACAAACAGUAUCAUGAUCCUUCUUUCUUCCCUUCUGACUUAUCCUCAGGUCCGCAAAUGCAGUAUUCAGCAGUCACUCACAGUUUUGGUCCCACGUGUGUGGCCGUUCUUGCAUCAUACUAUAUCUUCUGUUCGAAAAGCAGCACUGGAAACAUUGUUCACACUGCUGUCUACUCAAGACCAGAGCUCUUCAACAUGGCUGACUCCAAUUCUGCAAGACAUGUUGAGGCACAUAUUUCAAUUUUGUAUCUUAGAAAGCAACCAAGAAAUUCUAGAUCUUAUUCACAAGGUAUGGCUGGAACUGUUAAACAAGGCAUCUGUACAGUAUGUGGUUGCAGCUGCUUGUCCAUGGAUGGGUGCCUGGCUCUGCUUAAUGAUGCAGCCAUCUCAUUUGCCCAUUGACUUAAACAUGCUGCUAGAAGUAAAAACCAAAUCAAAAGAAAAGGCAAGUGCUAAAGUGCGUCAAGGUCAAACCCAGAACAAGGAAGUGAUUCAGGAAUAUAUUGCUGGGGCAGACAGCAUUGCAGAAGAUCCAGCAACCAGGGAUUAUGUUGUCAUGCGAGCUCGGAUGAUGGCAGCAAAGUUGCUGGGAGCACUUUGCUGUUGCAUUUGUGACCCAGGUGUAAAUACUGUUACUCAAGAAAUAAAGCCAGCUGAAUCAUUAGCUCAACUGCUGCUCUUCCACUUGAAUUCUAAAUCUGCCUUGCAGAGGAUUAGUGUUGCAUUAGUAAUCUGUGAGUGGGCAGCCUUGCAAAAGGAGUGUAGAACUGUGGCCAUUUGUGUGCAGCCUCGUUUACUUGAGGUCCUUUCUGAGCACCUCUAUUAUGACGAAAUUGCUGUUCCUUUUACACGGAUGCAGAAUGAAUGUAAACAGCUCAUCUCCUUGUUAGCUGAUGCACACAUUGACAUUGGAAACAGAGUAAACUGCAGUGUAUUUACAAUAGAUCAAGCUAAUGAGCUGGUUACUUCUGUUUUCAGUGAAGUGACAUCAUCCUUUACAUUGAAUCCUAAAAUUCUUCAACAGUUGGACAGUAAACGACAACAAGUCCAAGUAACUGUUACAGAAACAAAUCAAGAAUGGCAAGUGUUGCAUCUGCGAGUUCAUACAUUUGCUGCAUGUGCAGUUGUGAACUUGCAGCAACUUCCAGAAAAACUAAAUCCUGUUAUAAAACCUUUAAUGGAAGCUAUCAAAAAAGAGGAGAAUACACUUGUACAAAACUACGUGGCGUCAUGUAUAGCAAAGUUACUUCAGCAGUGUACAACAAGGUCUCCUUGUCCCAACUCAAAGAUUAUAAAAAAUCUCUGCAACUCCCUCUGUGUGGAUCCACAUCUUACCCCACUAGCUGCCUGUCCUGCACAGCCUCAGAGCAGCCAUGAAAACUCAAAAGGGUCCAACUCUGAUAAAGAUGGGAUGCACCAUACAGUUACUAAGCAUAGGGGAAUAAUUACAUUGUACAGACAUCAGAAAGCAGCUUUUGCCAUCACAAGUCGGCGAGGCCCUACUCCAAAAGCCCCAAAAGCCCCAAUUGCAGAUCUCCCCACUGGCAGUAGUGGAAGCAUUCCUACAGAACUUGAUGAGGCUCAGAAACCUUAUGUUGUACAGAGAAGAGGAGCUGAAUUUGCCUUAUCUACUAUAGCUAAACACUUUGGUGCUGAAAUGGCAACGGGAUUGCCACAUCUCUGGGAUGCUAUGGUUGGUUCGUUGAGGAACAACAUUCACAUAAAUAAUUUUGAUCGGAAGUCCUUACUGGAAAAAGGAGAUGCUCCUGCCCAGGAGCUAGUAAAUUCUUUGCAGGUUUUUGAAACAACAGCAGCAUCAAUGGAUACUCAGCUACAUUCUCUGUUAAUACAGCACUUGCCUCAUCUUUAUAUGUGCCUUCAACAUCCAAGCACUGCAGUGAGACACAUGGCUGCUCGCUGUGUAGGCGUUAUGAGCAAAAUAGCUACCAUGGAAACAAUGAAUAUCUUUCUAGAGAAAGUUCUACCCUGGUUGGGAGCAAUAGAUGACAACACGAAACAAGAAGGUGCAAUUGAAGCACUUGCAUGUGUGAUGGAGCAGCUGGAUGUUGGUAUUGUUCCAUACAUUGUUCUUCUAGUGGUUCCAGUUCUGGGUAGAAUGAGUGAUCAGACAAACAGUGUACGUUUUAUGGCUACUCAGUGCUUUGCAACACUAAUUAGACUAAUGCCUCUUGAGGCUGGUAUACCAGAUCCACCAAACAUGUCUGAAGAAUUAAUCCAAAUGAAAGCUAAAGAGCGUCACUUCCUGGAACAAUUAUUGGAUGGUAAAAAGCUGGAAAACUAUAAAAUUCCAGUACCAAUCAAAGCAGAGCUCAGAAAAUAUCAGCAGGAUGGAGUGAAUUGGCUGGCAUUUCUCAAUAAAUACAAACUUCAUGGAAUUCUUUGUGAUGACAUGGGCUUAGGAAAAACUUUGCAAUCCAUUUGCAUUCUUGCAGGUGAUCAUUGCCUCAGGGCUCAGGAAUAUGCAAGAACAAAACUGGUGGACAGUGUUCCUCUUCCGUCCUUGGUGGUGUGCCCUCCUACACUCACAGGACACUGGGUGGAUGAAGUCGGCAAGUUUUGCUCAAAAGAAUAUCUUAAUCCUUUGCACUAUACAGGACCUCCUACUGAGAGAGCAAGGUUACAGCACCAGGUGAAAAGACACAAUCUCAUAGUGGCUUCAUAUGAUGUUGUAAGAAACGACAUUGACUUCUUCAGAAAUAUUAAGUUUAAUUACUGCAUUCUUGAUGAAGGCCAUGUAAUAAAAAAUGGGAAAACAAAGCUGUCAAAAGCAGUAAAACAGCUAACUGCCAAUUACAGGAUAAUUCUUUCUGGGACACCAAUCCAGAACAAUGUCUUGGAGUUGUGGUCGUUGUUUGACUUCCUUAUGCCAGGAUUUUUGGGUACUGAACGCCAGUUUGCAGCUCGUUAUGGCAAACCAAUACUGGCAAGUAGAGAUGCUCGAAGCUCCAGUCGAGAACAAGAGGCUGGUAAGGAUCAAACAUUANNNUUCCUGCUAAGGAGGAUGAAAGAGGAUGUACUGCAAGAUCUUCCACCCAAAAUUAUUCAAGAUUAUUACUGUGUUCUCAGUCCUCUACAGGUUCAACUUUAUGAAGACUUUGCCAAGUCUCGUGCCAAAUGUGAUAUUGAUGAAACAGUUUCUUCAAUUUCACUGAAUGAAGAAACUGAAAAACCAAAGCUUAAAGCUACAGGUCAUGUAUUUCAGGCAUUGCAAUACUUACGGAAGCUAUGCAAUCAUCCUGCAUUAGUGUUAACAACCCAACAUCCAGAAUAUAAAAGAAUUACAGAGCAACUUGCAUCUCAUAAUUCAUCUCUUCGAGACAUCCAACAUGCGCCUAAGCUGUCUGCUUUAAAACAACUGUUGCUAGAUUGUGGUUUGGGAAAUAGUGGAUCUUCAGAAAGUGGUACAGAAGCUGUUGUGGCCCAGCACAGAGUACUUAUCUUCUGUCAGCUGAAGAGCAUGCUGGAUAUAGUGGAACAUGACCUUCUCAGACCUCAGUUACCUUCAGUUUCUUAUUUACGACUAGAUGGCAGCAUACCUGCUGGUCAGAGGCAUUCCAUUGUUUCACGGUUUAACAAUGACCCAUCUAUAGACGUUCUCUUGCUCACCACUCAUGUUGGUGGAUUGGGACUUAACUUAACAGGGGCUGAUACAGUAGUAUUUGUGGAACAUGACUGGAACCCAAUGAGAGACCUGCAAGCCAUGGAUCGGGCACAUCGCAUUGGGCAGAAACGUGUUGUUAAUGUAUAUCGUCUGAUAACCAGGGGAACUCUGGAGGAGAAAAUUAUGGGUCUCCAGAAGUUCAAAAUGAAUAUUGCAAAUACAGUGAUCAGCCAAGAAAAUGCAAGCCUACAGAGCAUGGGGACAGAGCAGCUCCUUGAUUUGUUCACUCUUGAUAAGGAUGGAAAAACUGAAAAACCAGAUACCUCUACCUCUUCUGGGAAAGCAUCAAUGAAAUCAGUACUCGAAAACCUCGGAGAACUAUGGGAUCAAGAACAGUAUGACACUGAAUACAGUCUUGAAAACUUCAUGCAUUCAUUAAAAUAACCAUCAUAUAUUCGUAAUACAGCUGCUGCUAGUUCACUUAUUUUUCUGCUGAUAUUCAGCAAACUUCAAAGCAUAUAGAGUGAACCUUUAGCUUAAUAUGUAAAUAAACUUAUUGAAAGAAGAAUCUUCAAAGACUGGCACUGAAUAGUGUCACCAGUUUCACUGGGGAGUAAUUCUGUCUUAAACGUUUGCACUGUAUAAAAGAACUUUAAACGUAAACAUUGUGAGGUGGUUUGAAUUUUACUUGUUCUGAAUGGCUGCAAAUUCUUACUUGGUAGAAGAAUAAAACAAAGCAAGUUUUUACAUA